GCGUGUGUCAUACAUUUUUUUGAACAAAGACGAUUAUUUUCGAUUAAAGUGUUAUACUGCAAAAUAUAUUUUCUUUUAUUAUUUUUGCAAUUUAAGUUUUCACAGAAAUGUCGCUCGUUUAUAUAACCGAACAUAAUGAGACAAUCUAUGAUGUCGAUAAAGCAGUGGAGGAGAAACGUCGAACAAAGCAGUAUGGAUACAUUUCUCAGUAUAAAAAGGCUAUAUUUGAAGAAUUAAACAAACCGGAUAUAAUAAUCGAUGCCGAUGGUGUGUUGGUAUAUACAGAUUCUAAAAGACAUAAGCACAAGUCAAUGGGCCCACCAAAGCUUACGAUACCUAAAGCUUGUGAAUAUAAACACCCACGGCCAAUAAGAUGGCGCCGUACUAAAGAUCACGUUUGUCCAGUGCCAGCUUGUAGAGCACCACCAGUACCACGUUUUAAUCGGGAGGAUAUAGUUGAAAUAGAAAGAGAAAAGAAGGAUUAUAUUCAGAUAAAUAUUGACAAGAUUCCGUUGUUAAAACGAAAGGUGCAACUACCAAUGGUCAGUAAAACAAUAACUGGCAGUACAUAUAUGCUUGUGGGAGCUGGUGUACUUCCAGAAAAUGUUUGCUCUAAGCGAUUUGGAAAGGUGCCCAAAUACUUAAAGAAAAUUAGACAGGAUAUUAUAGACCAUCCUAUAUGUAAAAAGGAAACGGAAACAAAGCAAGAAAGAGAAAGAGGAAUAAUGAGGAAGGGAGUCUACAUAGGUAGACGUGCAUUGACACUUGAAGAGCGAAUAGAUAUUUUAAGGGGUCUACGCGAUAGAUACAAGGAAACGUUAAGGGUUUAUAUGACCUCAUCAGUAUACACAGAUACUACAAGUAAGAAGAAGCGCAUUGGAGAUUUGGAGAGGGAACUCACCACACUAGAGAAUGAUUUAGCUUUAUUUGAAUCGACGAAAUGCCUUUACGUAGAAAUUGAUUGACCGAUUGAUAUAACAAAGUUUUAAAAAUUUUCUUGAUAAAGAAACUCAAUUA